AUUUUCCCCCAGUCCUCAUCAAAUUGCAAAGAUAAGUGAACUACCAUGAUGGCUGACGAUCGAUGCGGGGAAUGCUACGAAUGCAUAUGUUACCAAAACCAACUCAGCACCACCCAGGAAGCUGCACCUGGCCCACAUCUUAGCGAUACAGAAUCUACUGGUAGUACCGCAGCCGAAACAGUCGAUCUAGAAUGCGCUCGCACCAAGAUAAACCUUGAACCGCUAGCAUGGUCUCUAGAUUCUUCAAACGUCCUACCCCAAAGCAACUGCCUGCUCUACACAUCGCUUCCUCUAGAAAUCAAAGAGAUAAUCUACGCCUACGUUCUCACAGACACAACAUCCUACCCUAUCGACUACCUCAGUCCUGAAGACCCCAUACCAGUCGUCCACGUCAAAUACCUCGGCCACGGUCAAAAUGCCAGAAGUUUGGCUGGCGGGAAACCUUUGCAUCUUUCUGACCUAACGAUAUCUCUCCUCCUUACUUGUAAGGCGGUGUAUCUGGAGACGUGGACUAUGCCAUUGAGAGUGAAUGCCUACCACAUGGAUGCAUCCAGGCAUCUUCGAAGCGGUGGAAUGCCAGCAUGGCGACUAGCACAGAUACGAGGACUGGACAUCACAAUCAAGCAGCGCGAGUUGGAAAACGGGAAGCUGGGGGAUGUGUUGAAAGAGAUGGGAGGGAACGCUAGACAUCAGGGCGCAUACGUGGUGCCUAUGCACUGUUUCCGUGGUGAUGGAUGGGCGAAGAUAGAGGGGUGUUCACGCACUCUUGACGACAAUUGUCUUGUACCGGCCGCAGUCGACUUACCAAAUACACAAAAUCAGCGCCUGGACGAUGUUCUAAGCCAUCUUCCCCACCCCGUAGAAUCCGUGCUACCAUCAGCUCGCAGCCUCCACGUCACCCUCGCUCAACCCCUAACCUAUCUCACUAUGCGGCUCACACGCACAGACUGGUCGACAUGGAACGUAGCCAAAUUCCUUCAUCUCGACCCGUCGUUCGGGCGAUACAACCUUGACGAGGGCCGGCCCUCGGCCAAAGCAAUGCGUCUCCUUGCUUCUGAGCGCGAGGCUGGUCGGCAUCCGCAGCUCGACUCGCAAUCUUGGGGCGCGCAUGUCGUUUCUACGCUGCCUGAUCUGGAGAAGCUGGAGUUAGUGCUGGAAACGUUCGAGGCCAGGAAGGAGGAGUUGGAACGUGUUGUGCAGUGUGCGAAGAUGUGGAGGUUUGGGUUUGGUGAUGGUGGAGAAGUGGGGGAGAAGAAGAAAGAGUGGGCGUUGGUUUGGGAUGGGGAUGUAGUGGAAAGGCGGUGGAAGAGGGAUAUGGAAGAGACUGUGGUACCGAGGAAUGUUCGUGGGCUUUUGCAUCGUGUGCCUUGGUGUUAUGACUGUAAUGAUUUUGAGGUGAGGACUCUGCGGUAUGUUAGGACGAGAGUGGAGGAGUAGUUUACGCCAUGGUUCACAGCAGCCGGUCUUUUCAUUUUGUGCCUGACUUGGGCAACUUCGCUUGAUUGAGCAUGCGCAGACACUUUACAUCUUGCUCCCACCCUCUUGCGGUACCUUGACAACAACCUUACCCCAGCUAUUGCGUCCACCC